AUGUCCCCCCACCGUUUCCACAAAGUGGGGAACAAGCUCCUCUCGAUCUUGUUAAUUCACCCAAAGGCAUCCCUGCUUUUCGUAGUUCAUCUUUUCCUGUUUAGACAAGGCAGCUGCGUACGCCCUAGUGCCUCUCCCAGAUUCGUAACUGACCUAAGAUGGGAAGAAGAAACGCACUGGGACUUGCCGACGUGUGACCUGUGCGACAUUUGUUCCGUGUGCAUCCAUGAGAAGGGGGAGUCUGAGAACAUAAUCCCCAUGGUGGCCAUUCCCAGCAAGCGAAAAUAUCUGCAAGAAAAAAUUGGGAACAUAAAAUCAGAGCUUGUACAAAAUUUACCUGAUUUACCUGACCAGCAAUUAAAAAAAAAAAAAUCGUACAGUUUUUUUGAAGGGCAAGACGAAGCCAACGGGGAGGAGAAGCAGGAAGCAGAUUCCCCUCUCAACGUGGCGAUGGACAAUCAGAUUUACCAUCAUAAGAAAGGCACCCAUUACGGGGUGGAACACAAACACCCCGAUGAGUCCUCAAAUUGCGUCACUUCAGACUGUCACAUGAGUAAUGGUUCUUCUGGACAGCUAGAUUACCUCAGGCACUUUAUGGAUGGCUCGGGGGGGAAGAACCAGGGACCGUGGAGCAGUUUGAGCAACGCGUUUAAACAGAAGGAGAAUUUUUCCUCUAUCGACAAAGUGACCCUACCCCUAGAGCAGUUGCAGGAUAGCCAAUACGUCGGGUACAUCCAAAUAGGAACCCCGCCGCAAACGAUCCGACCCAUAUUUGACACCGGGAGCACGAACAUCUGGGUCGUGAGCACCAAGUGCAAGGAUGACACUUGCCUGAAGGUGCACCGCUACAACUACAAAUUGUCGAAGAGCUUCCGCUACUUCAAGCCGCUGACGAAUCUGGACAUCAUGUUCGGCACGGGAAUAAUCCAAGGCGUGAUCGGCGUGGAAAACUUCCGCAUAGGGCCCUUCCAGGUAUUCAACCAACCCUUCGGACUCGUAAAGCGCGAGAAGAGGAGCGAAGCAAAAUCAAACGUCUUUGAGAGAAUAAACUUCGAAGGCAUAGUCGGGUUGGCAUUCCCAGCAAUGCUAUCCACAGGAAAAACAACCAUCUACGAAAACCUAAUGAACAAUUAUAAAUUCAGUCAUAAUGAGUUCUCCAUAUAUAUCGGAAAAGACAAUAAACACUCAGCUUUAAUUUUCGGAGGAGUGGACAAACGCUUUUUCGAAGGAGACAUUUAUAUGUUUCCAGUGGUGAGAGAAUACUACUGGGAGAUACAAUUUGAUGGUCUGUACAUUGAUCACCAGAAAUUUUGUUGUGACUCUGGUUCCAUUGUUUACGACAUGAAAAAGAAAGACACAAAAACAUGGAAAGGGGGAAAAAAUUCCUUUUCGAGGAAAUACUUGAAAACGAAAACUGACUUGAUGGAUAUGUCGAGUGUUUGGCGCCACGGUGAGGAAGGCGCAGAAGUCGACUCAGAGGAGGAAGACCCGUCGGGGGAAAACCUCUCUGGGGAGGGCCAAAAUGGGGAGAGCAAAAAUGAGGAAGAAGGACAUGGCGCCCAAGUCAACCUGCAUGAUGCUCACACGGACAUGCAUCAUAAAGGGGCACACCGCCGAUGGCGCAGGCGACAUAAGCGGAGAAGACACCUCAGCAGAGCCCACCGUCGAAGCAAGGACGACAUCAAAUUAAAGAAAAACAAAAACUACCUCAUCUUCGAUUCUGGGACCUCCUACAACAGUGUCCCUAAAUCGGAGAUCGACUACUUCUUCAAGAUUGUCCCACCGAAGAAAUGUGACGACAGCAAUAUAGACGAAGUAGUGGCGAGUUACCCCAUCCUGACCUACGUCAUUAACAACAUGCCGUUCACGCUGACGCCACCCCAGUACAUCGUCCGGAAGUCGGACAUGUGCAAGCCGGCGUUCAUGGAAAUCGAGGUUUCGCCUGAAUAUGGCCACGCAUACAUUUUGGGCAAUGCGGCCUUUAUGCGAUACUACUACACCGUUUAUAGGCGCGGAGAUGGACAAAAGAGCUCCUACGUGGGCAUUGCCAAGGCAGUGCACGCGCAAGAGAAUGAGGAGUAUCUGGCCUCCCUGCAGAGCAAGAUGAACCAAAUGGGGUAG